CUUCAGUACAUUUUCCCCAAUGAAACGUAAAAAGUGUGAAUAUUUAUCUAGUGUUUUUCUUGCAUUUAUUAUUAGGUGAAAAUGUAUAUAUAGUCAGAUUUGCCGCAAAGCAAACUAAAAGCACCCAACGUGCCCAAAAGUUUUUAAAAAUUUUACGAAAAUGUUUAUCAAAUUAACAGCCAUCAUGGCUUCCCCAACUUCGGAAAGCGUCUAUUCAGGACAAGACUCCUUACAAUCACAACUUAUAUUAUUACCAACAACAACAACAUCAAUUUUAAACUUUAUUGACCCCAUCAACGGACAUCAUCAACAACAACAACAUGAACAAUACAACAAUGGAGUCGCUAGCAUUACCGCAGGACCUGUAUUGGGACGGGAAAAUGGAACCCAUUUCACCUCCCACCAACGAGCUAUUUUCCAUAUGUGAACCCCUAAAUGGAAAUUGGUUCGAUGGUGGAGAUAAUUUUGCAAACGAUUUACCAUCAAUAUGCCACGAAGACCUUGAAUUAAAACAUGAUGAUAUGGAUUUAACGAAUCAAUUAUUAAUUGGGGAAGAUCUUGUCGUAGAGUUGUACAAUUUAAAAGAAGAAAAUUUUUAUUCACCCUCACCACUUUUGGACAAUUCACUUGAUAGUGUGGUCACCAAUCCAACACAGGUGAUAAAAGUACAAUCACCCAUCGAUAUCAAUCAUUUUGGUUUUGCAAAUCAUGGAGCAUCAAUUUUGACAGCAUUGACACCACCCAGCUCCCCACCACAAAUUGUUGCUUCACCAGUACCACAGGCAUUGGAAUUACCAACAACCAACACAGCAGCUGCAAUCACUACUUUGCCAAUAGAUAUCAAUGAUGUUUUACAAAAUCCCACAGCAUCAGAAACCACUUCACCAGUUCCAGUUCAAAACCAAUUUGUCUGCAGCAAUUGGAAUAACCCCCAUAGUACAACUGACACAGCAUCAUCGAGUGUUGCUUCGUCGCCAGCCUCGAAUGGCUCUUCGAAUUAUGACAUUGUGUUCAACACACAAAUAAUCGAUGACAUACUCAAGACCGCAGCCAAUGAGUUCUUCGAGGAGAGCGAAUCACAAUCGUCGAUUUCGGCUCCUUCAACGGUAGACUACACCAGCACCGAUGAUGAAUGGAUGCCCUCGUCCGGCAGUUGCUCCCCUUUACAAGUAGCCUCGAGCGAAGGGUUGAGUGAAUCUUCCGGCAGUUCUGCUACAAAGAAGCGUACCCGCCCCUAUGGACGUGGUGUUGAAGAUCGCAAAAAACGCAAGAAGGAACAGAAUAAAAAUGCUGCCACUCGUUAUCGCCAGAAAAAGAAGCUCGAAAUGGAAAUCAUUCAAAUCGAGGAGCAAGAACUUAAUCAACGUCAUGAGGUCUUGAAACGUCAGUUGGCCGAACACAAACGUGAAGCAAAAUACUUGAGACGCCUCAUACGCGAGUUCUAUGCCAAGAAACACUAAAAUUGUCAUUGCAAAAAAAAAAAAUCCAAAAUCCCCACUGUCUCUAAAAACGGAAACUCUGUCACCAUUUAUGUGUUUAAUUUUCUUCUUUUAAAUUAUCUUUAAUCCCUUAACAGUUUUUUUAAGAACUAUCUCUUUCGUUUUAUAACGAUUUGUUUUUAAUUAAUAAUUGUACUUUUUUUAUAAUCAUAUUAUGUUUUAUUACAAGUCUUUUAUAUUGUAUUUACAUGUAGUAAGUUAACAAUAAUUGUGUGUAUAUUUGUUUGCAAAAUUAUUAUGUCGUCAUCUAUGUCCCCUGUAAUGCUUAAAGUUAUUUUUAUUCUUUUAAAAAUUUCCACCAUAAAAUAAUGUUUUAAAACAGAUUUUAUUGUAAAAUCUAGUGCAUUAUUAUAGAAGUAUGUAUUUGUUUAUUUGUUAAAUAUUGGCACUCAUGACAUGAUCUUAUUUAACAAACGGUCAUCGAAUCUAUUUUGUCAGUUUAACAAAGAAAACUAAAAACUAAUAUCAUCAUUAUCAAGUAGAUUUCAAAAACAAUAAAAAACCCUUUGUUCUAAAUCUAUAUUUAAUGCUUCGUUCAUGUGCACUAGAAAAUAAAUACUUUAAAGAAAUACAUACAUAAAAAUAAAUGAAUAUAUUUUAAUUUCAAAUUUUACACAAUAAAGGGUUUAACAAAUAAAAAAAAAA